AUGGAAUCAAAGUUAGUCUUGUCUCCCAUCACACAUAAGCCAAUCAAAAUACGUGUUGGUGUUCACGCCGGCCCUGUCGUUGCUGGUGUAGUUGGAAUGAAAAUGCCACGGUACUGCUUGUUUGGUGACUCCGUUAAUGUUGCAAACAAAAUGGAGUCAUGCGGCGUUCCAGUUAGAAUUCAUGUUUCGGGAAGUGCAAAAUCAAAUGCUCUGCGAACAAACCAAAACUUCGUAUUCAUUGACAGAGGACUGACUGAAAUCAAGGGCAAGGGACUCAUGUACACAUAUUUCCUGGAGAGAAACGACAGAAAAAGUGUGUGGGAACUCUGUGCUCGCUCACGCUCCGGUGAUCAAACAAUAGAUGGUUAUAUGGAACUACACGACUCCUCCAUCUAUCUUGAAAACGAAUCGCAGUCCACAAUAGGAAGUACAGAAAAAAAGGUAGUAGAGAAGUCGAGGUGUUCAAUAAGCAUUUAG